CCCCCCAGUGUAAUCACAUGGUAUCCCCGGCACAGGCUCAGUGUGAGGUGGAGCGCUGCAGCUCGUCUCCCGUACGCCCACACACAUCAAGUCCCAGUUAUCUCAUAUCCAGCCAGCUGUCACCAGCAACGCAGGGAGCGCGACCGAGCACACAGGGUAACAGCCGCAGCCUCUCUCACUAUGAUCUCUGCACCAGGAUGACAUCAGUGGGUGAAACAUUUGUCACCCAGAAAUCCCAGUGGGUGUCCUUCAGUGAUGAGAUCUCACAAGGACAAGUGGACAAAUCAAGUAGACUCUCGAGACCCCCUGCCAAAUGUGAGUGGGUCCAGGCAGGACCAGAGGGCCCAGGUGCCCCCAGCAUGAAUAGUAAAUCCGGGCCGGACCCUCCGGAUGUAGAGACCAGUCUCCUGAGGUGUGAUGUCUUCUGCUGGGUCCAGUUUGAUGAGACCCCCGAGGCAGCAGCUCCUGCGCCAUGUCUAUCAGGCUCGUCGCCCCAGAAAUCCCUGGAACAUAGCGCGUCCAGACCUCCCCCAUUACACUCCCACAGCAGCACAGAGGUCUUUUAUGAGGACAGCAGCACAAGUAUCGGAGCCCUAUGCCCAGACUGGAUGAACACCCACACCGAAGAUGCCAGCAGUGAGAAUGCCUCCGGGACGGGGUCUGCAGAUAACUCCUCUAUACAGGAAGAUGAAGACCUAGACAUGGAGUCUGUCAACUGGCCUGGCACAGUCAAUGGUCACUCAGAGACAUGCACAAGAACUCAGUUUCCCAGCUGGGUAACCUUUGAAGAUGAAAUUAUUGCACUCACUCCUAAAGACUCUCCCCAGAAAUCAACAGAGAGUCCACAAUCCCCCUCUACCCCUGACAAGAACUUUAGUAGUGUCAAAACCUUAAAAAAAAGGGAGCGACCAAAGAGCUCAUUGGUCGACCUUUCCAGGACUCAAAGACUUGACUUUUCAACAUUGCACAGGCAGCUCUCAUUAAACUCCACGCCUAACAAGGCUCCCAAUCCAUUCCUUGAUGAGGCCUUGAAGGAUGUCCAGCCUUCCCCAAUUAAUCCAUUCAGCUCCUUUUUUCAGGAGCAGGAAAAGCGCUCUCAACAUUCUUCAGUAUCUAGUGGCCCAGGCUCGAGUCAAAGAAAUUCUAUCUCUAUUCUUGCUGAAGAACUUGACACAGAACAGUUUGAAGACUACCGGAAGAAGGUCUUACAAGCAGAUGUGGUCGAACAACUCAAGCAGAUUCACAUAGAUGACCCAGAUUCCCCUGGGAGCCCUUCUCUGCCAGAUGACCCCUUCAAUUUUGAUGAGCCUAUCGGUCCCUGUUUAACAUUUACCAGGCCUCAACCAAAAGAAGGAUGGUCAAUGCUGUUACGAAUUCCAGAGAAAAAGAACAUUAUGUCUUCUAGACAUUGGGGUCCCAUCUACGUGAAGGUCACAGAAGCAGGAUUCCUACAGCUCUUCUAUGAGAAGGGUUUGGAAAAACCAUUCAGAGAAUUUAAACUGGAGGUCAACCAUGAGAUCUCAGAUCCUAAGCUCCAAAACUAUGAUGAGAGUGGAAGAAUUCACACCAUCCGUAUCGACCGGGUGAUAUACAGGGAGAGACGAAAAUACCAGCCGAUGCCGCUUGUCACUCACACAGGGGAGAGGGAGCAGGUGAUAAAGCUGGGAACAGUUGACUAUUCAGACUUCAUCAGCUUUAUCUCAACUGUCCAAGAUGUUUUGUUUCACCUCCCAGCCACUGUGGACCUCAGCACCAUGCACCAGAAUUACAUUGAAGAGGAGAUCACUGUAGAUGUCAGAGAUGAGUUCAGAGGAAUUGUGGCCAAGGAGGAAAACCAGCUUCUACAGCAUUCUGUGGUCACGAAUGUCCAUAUUCUCAGUUUUAUCUCAGGGAUGGCGGACUGCAGGAUAGGACUCAACGAUGUCCUCAUCAAAGGCAAUGAAGUUGUCUCUAGACAUGAUAUUAUGCCAACCACAACCACCAAGUGGGUGAGACUACAUGACUGCCAAUUCCAUUCAUCAGUAGAUGAAGAGGCGUUCCAUGUCACCAGAACCAUCCUGUUCACCCCACUCGAUGCCUGCAGGUUUGAAUUAAUGAGGUUCCGGACUGUAUUUUCUGAAAAGACUUUGCCCUUUACUCUCAGGACUGUGGCCUGUGUCCGUGGAGCAGAGGUCGAGCUGCAGAGCUGGGUGGUCAUGUCUACUGGCUUCUCCUCUAACAGAGACAGUCUAUCCCAGGUUCCAUGUGAAAAUGUCACUAUUCGACACCCAGUGCCACAGGAGUGGGUGAACUAUUUCCGAAGAGACAGCGUACUUGGGGAGAGGUCUUUGAAGGCCAAAGUCAACAAGGAGGCCAGUUUUGGUUCCCCCAUUUUCUCUGGUUCAGAGCCAGCCAUGAGAGUUACACUGGGAACUGCGAAAUAUGAGCAUGCCUAUAGUGCCAUCGUAUGGAGGAUCAGCAGACUUCCUGAUAAGAACUCAGGAUGGGGUCACCCCCACUGCUUCUACUGCCACCUGGAGUUGGGCUCAGACAGGGAAGUGCCCCCAAUUUUCGGCAAGUACGUGGAGGUGGAAUUUUCUAUGCCUGCGGCAUCUGCCUCCAAGACAGCGGUGCGCUCCAUCUCAGUAGAAGAGAGGACAGAACUCAAGAAGUGGGUGAACUACUCCGCCCAUUAUUACUACAAGGUGGAAAUUGAGCAGAAGAAGACUCUGAACCCCGACGUGGAGGAAGAGACCGCGCAGCGAGCAGAGGAUGGCGCAGGGGGUCCGCCAUGUUUCUCGUCUUUUGCUGCGGUACAUGUCAUUCUGGUGCACGGACUGCCGGAGCAGGCGCCCACGCCUCGUCACAAGAGAAGCAGCGGACGAGAGCGGAGGCAGCACCGGGGCAGGCGAGGCUCACUGCGGGACAUGGCCACCGCGGCCAACGCCAACCCCGUGCCUAAGCUGUACCGUUCCGUCAUCGAGGACGUCAUCAAUGAUGUGCGGGAGCUGUUUCUGGACGAGGGGGUAGAUGAGCAAGUUCUGGUGGAGCUGAAGACGCUGUGGGAGAACAAACUGAUGCAAUCCAAGGCGGUGGACGGCUUCCACUCCGAGGAGCAGCAGCUUCUACUCCAGUCCCAGCAGCAGCACCAGCAGCAUCACCACGUGCAGGCGCACCCACAGCAGCCGCCAACCUCCACUCACCAGGCGCAGACACAGCAAGUCCUCAUCCCGACCACACACCAAGCUUCACAGCAGCAAGUUCUGAUCCCAAGCAACGAUUCCAAGCUGAUCCAGCACAUGGCCCCGCAAGGAAUGAGUGCAGCAGCCACAGCGGCUACUUUGGCCCUGCCUGCCGGGGUCACCCCAGUACAGCAGCUCAUCACUAACUCUGGACAGCUCCUGCAGGUGGUCAGAACCGCCAGUGGUGCCCAGUAUAUUAUCCAGCAGCAGCAGCCCAUGGUCCUUCAGCAGCAAGUCAUCCCCCAGAUGCAGCCUGGCGGGGUACAGGCUCCCGUUAUCCAGCAGGUUUUGGCACCUCUGCCGGGUGGCCUGUCGCAGCAGACUGGUGUCAUCAUACAGCCUCAGCAGAUCCUCUUCACAGGAAACAAGACCCAGGUCAUCCCAACCACCGUCGCUGCCCCUCAACCCCAAGUGCCGGGGCAGCUGUCUAUGGCAAAUGCCCAACAGCCCCAGCAGGGGCAGCAGCAGGCGCCUCUCGUCCUGCAGGUUGAUGGUGCUGGAGACACCUCUUCUGAGGAGGAUGAAGAUGAGGAUGAAGAUUAUGAUGACGAAGAGGAGGAGGACAAGGAGAAGGAUGGAGAAGAUGGCCAAGUAGAAGAGGAGCCGUUGAACAGCGAGGACGACGUGAGCGACGAGGAGGGGCAGGAGUUGUUUGACACGGAGAAUGUUGUCGUGUGCCAGUAUGAUAAGAUCCACAGGAGUAAAAACAAGUGGAAGUUUCAUCUCAAAGAUGGAAUCAUGAACCUGAAUGGUCGUGACUUUGUCUUCUCCAAAGCCAUUGGUGACGCUGAGUGGUGAGACCCUCCCCCAGCCCCGCCCAUGUUUUUUUAGGGGGGUGAGUGACUGAGAAAAUAACAAAAAACAAAAAAAAAGGUAAUUUUUUUUUAACCACCUGAAGGAUGGGAACGGCCCCUCCCCUGGCGCCAAUGACAAGAGACUAAUGCUGCAUCUCCCCGUUGGACUGGAAUGUCACAUGACUGAUCACAUGGCAGCGGAGUGGCGACGGACCACCAUUCGCAGCCCUUGUUCUAUUCCAAUCCGUAUUAUACAAGUUUGUUCCUCUGGAAAGUUUUAACUGCUAAAGAUUGUACCAAGUGUUUUUAUCUUCAUCUUUUUUUUGGGUGGGGGGACAUUGACCUCUGCCCUCUUAGGUACCUGCUGCUGACCCCUGCUUUUACUUCUGCCAGGUGUUAACCUCUUUCCUGUGCCCAGCCAGCCAUGUGAUGCCCAAUUUUAGGGUUCACCUCCCAUCCCCCGCUUGGUUCUGGCUUCGUUCACAUUUUAUCAUUGCCUGUGGAGCUAAACGAUGUCUACCUGGUGAUGCCACUGGCUGCCCCUUCCUGUGCCCCUCUAAACGUGGACUCUGAUGGGAUGAUCUGCUCCGGGAUCCUGUAGGUCACUGCAUAACUCGUCCCGUGCUGGCUGCCUUUCUCCGUAAUGCACUACCACCCUCAGUCGAGGUGCCGGCAGCGAGGACUGGGGGGAGGGGCGGCUACUUAUUGUUCUGCCUUGUCUAGUGCCUAAAAUCACACAAACAAGAUGCUGACUUCAGUUACAAGUGGAGCCCCCUCCUGGCUGCUGGAAGGUCUGCAGCCUCCUCCACGGUUCUGUGUUUUUGUACGGGGAUCCUGUGGUGUUAAUGGGAGAUCUUGGCUGUUCUUGCUGCCUUACACAUGGAUAUGGGCGGAGCUCUUGUACAUGGCCACGCCCUCCAGGAUAAGGGCCACAGUCUGGGCUGCUCUGAGGGGGGGCUCAGAAUUUAUUAUAAUUUUUUUUAUUAUCUAGGGGCCAGGGGUUCCGGGCUCCUGUCGGCCGCUGUUGUACAUACAGUUCUGUGAGGGGAGAAGCUAUUUAUUAUGUCUGUCGGAUGCUGUACGAUGGCCGCGAGAGGUUGCGUCUUUUGUCUUACUGGAUUUUAUUGCUGCGCUUCAGACUCUUCAUUAGAAAACUAAUUCUUUUACGUUUUAAUAUUUUACCUUUGCAAAUUCGUUUAAUUAAAAGUUAUUUUAAAAACUUCA